GGAAACCUCAGAGCCCCGCAGAGACAGCAGCCGCCUUGUUCCUCAGCCCGGUGGCUUUUUUUUCCCCUGCUCUCCCAGAGGCCAGACACUACCGCCCCACCCCUCAGGCCCCACCUCCCUGGGGGAUCCUUUCCUCCCCAGCCCUGAAAGCGUUAACACUGGAGUUUUCUGCACACCCCCCGACGGCUCCCGCCCAAGCUUCCUAAAAAAGAAAGGUGCAAAGUUUGGUCCAGGAUAGAAAAAUGACUGAUCAAAGGCAGGCGAUACUUCCUGUUGCUGGGACGCUAUAUAUAACGUGAUGAGCGCACGGGCUGCGGAGACGCACCGGAGCGCUCGCCCAGCCGCCGCCUCCAAGCGCCUGAGGUUUCCUGGGACCACAAUGAACAAGUUGCUGUGCUGCGCGCUCGUGUUUCUGGACAUCUCCAUUAAGUGGACCACCCAGGAAACAUUUCCUCCAAAGUACCUUCAUUAUGACCAAGAAACUUCUCAUCAGCUAUUGUGUGACAAAUGUCCUCCUGGUACCUACCUAAAACAACACUGUACAGCGAAGUGGAAGACCGUGUGCACCCCUUGCCCUGACCACUACUACACAGACAGCUGGCACACCAGUGAUGAGUGUCUAUACUGCAGCCCCGUGUGCAAGGAGCUGCAGUACAUCAAGCAGGAGUGCAAUCGCACCCACAACCGUGUGUGCGAAUGCAAGGAAGGGCGCUACCUUGAGAUAGAGUUCUGCUUGAAACAUAGGAGCUGCCCUCCUGGAUUUGGAGUGGUGCAAGCUGGAACCCCAGAGCGAAAUACAGUUUGCAAAAGAUGUCCAGAUGGAUUCUUCUCAAAUGAGACGUCAUCUAAAGCACCCUGUAGAAAACACACAAAUUGCAGUGUCUUUGGUCUCCUGCUAACUCAGAAAGGAAAUGCAACACACGACAAUAUAUGUUCUGGAAACAGUGAAUCAACUCAAAAGUGUGGAAUAGAUGUUACCCUGUGUGAGGAGGCAUUCUUCAGGUUUGCUGUUCCUACAAAGUUUACACCUAACUGGCUUAGUGUCUUGGUAGACAAUUUGCCUGGCACCAAAGUAAAUGCAGAGAGUGUAGAGAGGAUAAAACGGCGACACAGCUCACAGGAACAGACUUUCCAGCUGCUGAAGUUAUGGAAACAUCAAAACAAAGACCAAGAUAUAGUCAAGAAGAUCAUCCAAGAUAUUGACCUCUGUGAAAACAGUGUGCAGCGGCACAUUGGACAUGCUAACCUCACCUUCGAGCAGCUUCGUAGCUUGAUGGAAAGCUUACCUGGAAAAAAAGUGGGAGCAGAAGACAUCGAAAAAACAACAAAGGCAUGCAAACCCAGUGACCAGAUCCUGAAGCUGCUCAGCUUGUGGAGAAUAAAAAACGGCGACCAAGACACCUUGAAGGGCCUAAUGCACGCACUAAAGCACUCGAAGACGUACCACUUUCCCAAAACUGUCACUCAGAGUCUGAAGAAGACCAUCCGGUUCCUUCACAGCUUCACAAUGUACAAAUUGUAUCAGAAGUUAUUUUUAGAAAUGAUAGGGAACCAGGUCCAAUCAGUAAAAAUAAGCUGCUUAUAACUGGAAAUGGCCAUUGAGCUGUUUCCUCACAAUUGGCCAGAUCCCAUGGAUGAGUAAACUGUUUCUCAGGCACUUGAGGUGUUCGGUGAUAUCUUUCUCAUUAACAAUGACUAAUUUUGCCACAGGGUACUUAAAAGAAACUAUGAUGUGGAGAAACAACUAACAUCUCCUCCAAUAAACCCCAAAUGGUUAAUCCAACUGUCAGAUCUGGUCCGUUAUCUACUGACUAUAUUUUGCCUUAUUACUGCUUGCAGUAAUUCAACUGGAAA